AUGGCUGUGCUUCAGACUGCUGUACAUGUGGCCACUGCGCUGCUGCAGAUGGCCUUUAGCCUCAGUGACAGGCCUUUGCACUAUGGAUUUAUAGGCAGCAUCAUGCUGGCGGCAGUGCUUGUGGUUGUGCUACUGUGGGUCUGUACCUGGUCGCAUGAGCUCUAUGUUCACUGCCACUUCUUUCUGAGUGUUGCUGCCCUGGUCAUGGUGUGGAUGCAUCUGAAGUGGCCAUGCACUCUUCACAGGAUUUGUCUGUUUACGGCAGCAAUUCUUCCGGGCCUUACUUCUGCUGUUCGUAUUGUCUGGGUUGCAUUCUGCAAUCUCUGUGCCCACUGGUCACUUCCUGUCACCCAUGUGGUGAAGAAGGCGGGUGUGGUUGAGCUGACCUUCCGCCCAUCGCGGCCAUGGAAGGUAUGCACCGGCCAGUACAUAUAUCUGAUGGUCCCAGGUCUUGGCUUCUGGGUGGUCACGCAGGCCCAUCUGUUCUACAUUGUCUGGACGGAAGAUGGGCCUGAUGGCGAAGCUGUCUUGGUCACUGUUAUUGUGAGAGUGAGGACUGGCUUUACACAGGCCUUAUUUUUGACUCCUCACUGUCACCUGCGCCUCAUCGUGGAUGGCCUGUAUGGCAGCCUGAAGCGCAAGCAACUUCUGAAGGCAGCAUGGCUCUAUGAUGCUGUUAUGCUCAUCGCGACAGACAUUGGUAUUGCUGGCCAACUUCUCUAUGCAAAGGACCUCCUCCGCUGCUUCAUCACGGAGGAAAAUGACAUGAAUACAUGGGGAGGAGGCAUCCGUCGACAUCGCAUCAAUAUAGUGUGGGAGAUGAAAGAGGAGUGUAAGUUGACUGAAGCUACCAUGAUGUGUGUUGCCUAA